AUGGGUGAUGAAGAGUUAGAGAGAGAAUCCGAACUGGCGGGAGUACCUACCGGAGCUUCCCGUCUCCGGCGAGCUGUGGAACUCAUUUGCUCAUUACUUUCUCUAUCUCUCUCGAUUAGAGUCUUCGCCGGAAAAUGGCAACUGAUUCGGAACAAGCUUGAGGAGCUUCAUUCGGGUUUAGUCUCCGCCGAAAAUUGCGAUUCCGGUGAGAACCCGUCGCUUUCGAGGUUAGUGACAUCGAUAGUUGCGACUGUAAAUGAGUGUCACGAUCUAGGUCAGCGUUGCGUCGAUGUUGCGUAUAGCGGGAAGUUGUUGAUGCAGAGUGAUUUGGACGUGGCGUUUGCGAAACUUGAUGGUUUAGCGAAGAGGCUUUCGGAGAUAUAUAAAACGGGGAUUUUGACAAAUGGGUUUGCGCUUGUUGUUUCAAAACCGAGUCUUGGUGCUUCUAAGGAGGAUAUGAGGUUUUAUGUGAGAGAUGUUUUGACGAGGAUGAAGAUUGGGGAUUUGGGUAUGAAGAAACAGGCUUUGAGGAAUCUUCUUGAGGUUGUGGUUGAGGAUGAGAAGUAUGUGAAGGUGAUUGUUGUGGAUGUGAGUGAUGUUGUUCAUGUGCUUGUGGGGUUUUUGGGUUCUGGUGAGGUGGAGAUUCAAGAGGAGAGUGCUAAGGUUGUUUCUGUGGUUGCUGGUUUUGAUUCUUACAAAGGGGUUUUGGUUAGUGCUGGUGUGAUUGCGCCGUUGAUUCGGGUUUUGGAUUGCGGUAGUGAAUUAGGGAAAGUUGCGUCUGCGAGGUGUUUGAUGAAAUUGACAGAGAAUUCGGACAAUGCUUGGGCUGUCUCUGCUCAUGGCGGUGUUACUUCCUUGUUGAAUAUUUGUGGGAAUGAUGAUUGUAAAGGGGAUUUGGUUGGUCCUGCUUGUGGUGUGUUGAGAAAUCUUGUUGGUGUUGAAGAGGUUAAGCGGUUUAUGGUCGAAGAGGAUGCUGUGUCGACUUUUAUAAGGCUUGUGAAAUCAAAGGAGGAAGCUAUUCAGGUGAAUUCAAUUGGAUUCAUUCAGAAUAUUGCCUGUGGAGAUGAGUUAAUUAGGGAAAAGGUGAUUAGAGACGGCGGAAUCCGAGCUUUGUUACGUGUUUUGGAACCGAAAUGGUCGUAUUCUGUGAAAACAAAGGUAAUAGCAAUGAGGGCUAUUGAAAGUUUGUGUUUUAUAUCAUCCAGCUCUGUAAGUAUUUUAAUGAGUUAUGGUUUUGUGGAUCAAUUACUAUAUUAUGUUCGAAACGGCGAAGUUUCAAUUCAAGAAUUAGCAUUGAAAGUGGCGUUUAGAUUAUGCGGAACAUCUGAAGAGGCUAAGAAAGCAAUGGGCGACGCAGGUUUCAUGGCAGAGUUUGUUAAGUUUCUGAACGCAAAAUCAUACGAAGUUCGUGAAAUGGCAGCCGAAGCACUCUCUGGCAUGGUCAUGGUACCUAGAAAUCGGAAACGAUUCGUGCAGGACGACCAUAACAUAGCCCUGCUUCUGCAAUUGCUUGAUCCAGAAGAGGGAAAUUCAGGUAACAAGAAGUUCUUAAUCUCAAUCUUAAUGUCAUUGACAAGUUGCAAUAGUGGCAGAAAAAAGAUUGUUAGUUCUGGUUACGCCAAAAACAUAGACAAACUUGCAGAAAUUGAAGUUUCUUCUGAUGCUAAAAAACUUGUCAAGAAACUAUCCACAAACCGGUUCCGCACUAUGUUGAAUGGAAUCUGGCAUUCAUGA